AUGGCUGCGCUAUAUUUCUUAACCAAUGUCUUGAAAGCGAAGUCCAAAUAUAAAGGAAACAUAGAGCCAUUCUUUCUCAAAGUCGUGGAUGAUUUGGACUUGUGCGAAAAAUUCCCUUGGGGCCGUUUGACCUUUGAUGAUUUGGUAGAUGAAGUUAAGAAAGUAGCGAAGAAGUUCAAGGGAGGCGUCGUCAACGAGAAGGAUUCAUGGACCUUUUCUGGAUACAUUCUUCCUAUUGAGGCUUUUGCGUAUGAGUGCAUUCCUGCGCUUGCUCGAACCUUUCGAGAACCUGUUCAUGCAGAGAGCGACUGUCCAAGGUUGUGCAAGCACAAUUUCAAAGCGACUUACAUGAAAGGUUAUCCACUGUCCGAGAUAAACGAAGCAAUUGGGAGCAAUAGGGAUAUCAUAAGCAUCUUGGAACCAACCUCAGAGGAGGAAACCCUUAUGGAGCGCAUCAUAGACCCUGGUUGUGAUGAUGGGAUUGGCUACGUGGAUCAUUUAGUCGACCUUUGGAGAACCAUCUAA